UAUUUAAAAGUCAGAUCUUAGGGACAGCCAGGGUGCGCGUAGUCGUAAUGUUGGGAUUAUGCUACUUUAAUAGUUGUUUGUUUUAAAUUUACUUCAGUUCUAAAUGAAGUUUUUUUUUUGUUUAAUCUUGAUCGCAGCAUGUGUUGGAACGAGUCUUGCUAAUACAGAAAAGUUAAUAUUGGAAGCGAGAUUAGACAAUACGCAAGGCCUUUGCGAUGGCGAAAUCCACCGGGUUUCGUUGACGCCACCUUAUACCCAAACUCGACAAAGUCUAAUACCUCAAUCAGCUAUGAAUCGAGGUUCAUCACAACAAUUCCAGCUUGAUGACUUAAAGGAUGGAUCUAACUAUGAAAUUAGAAUAUCUUAUCCAGCUAUUACGCCUGCUGAUUUUAAAUUGGACAUUAUUAAAGCAUGUAAAACAAAGGAUAAUACUUUAUCGUAUAUUCUCGAUGUCUCUGCAGUAUACACUGGUGUGUCUCACAUCAAAGGACGAGAGUCUUCGCCAGUUAUAUACGAUCUUGUGUUAGAGAAUUUAUAUGCAGGAUUCUUGUUUUAUCAAGUGUACAAGAUCGUCAUUGCCAUUCUAAGUGUGCUUGUAUUGGGCCAUCUUGUAAUUAUACCUGCUGUCAAGGAUCUGAUCACAAAAGACGUGCAUUGCAAAAUGUAAAUAAAAUCGUGUGGUACAGCAUCUAUGCCAAUGAUCCUUUUGUUUUUCUGAAAACAAAACAUUACAAUAAUUGGUCAUUUAUUGAUCGUCAUUGAUAUUUCUCGGGUUAUCUUUGUAUGGUUACUUUAUUUACGGAUGUUUCAUGCCCAAUUAUUCUGGUGGUCAUGAGCCUCUGAUCGCACGUAGGAGCUACCAUAAAAUUGUAUGUGUGCAUACUCUUUUUUCUUUAUUGAAUAUAUCACAACGGUAAAACUAUUCUUCUUCAUAAGCAACACUAUUGUGUACAACAGCAACCCAGUCUCGUUGAUCGUAAAUUUUCGAAUUUUAUUUACCACUGAUACACUCAAAACGGUGGCUAAUUUAUCAACUUGAUUGAGACAAAGUGGUUUGGUUGGAGUGAUCUAACAUAGAAUAAAAGAAUAAAU